UAUGAUGCGGCUUCACACUGUCUUCUCUUUCUUGAACAUCUAAACCUCCACUCAAACCGUCUAAAGAUGGCACCAAAGAAGGCUAAGAGGAGGCAGGCAGCAGGAGACAGCGGCUCCUCCAAUGUGUUCUCCAUGUUUGAGCAGAGCCAGAUUCAGGAGUACAAGGAGGCCUUCACAAUCAUUGACCAGAACAGAGAUGGCAUCAUCAGCAAAGACGACCUGAGGGACGUGCUGGCCUCUCUGGGUCAGUUGAACACGAAGAAUGAGGAGCUGGAGGCCAUGAUCAAGGAGGCCAGCGGCCCAAUCAACUUCACCGUCUUCCUCACCAUGUUCGGAGAGAAACUGAAGGGUGCUGACCCCGAGGAUGUUAUCCUUACCGCUUUCAAGGUCCUGGACCCCGAGGCUACUGGAUCCAUCAAGAAGGAAUUCCUCGAGGAGCUCCUGACAACUCAGUGUGACAGGUUCACCAAGGAUGAGAUUAAGAACAUGUGGGCCGCCUUCCCCCCCGAUGUUGCCGGCAACGUAGACUACAAGAACAUCUGCUACGUCAUCACACACGGAGAAGAGAAGGAGGAGUAA